AUGGCGACGAUCACAACAACAGCGACAACCUCGGCCUCCGCCUCCGGCAUCGAACUAGCCCCUCUCCCCGCUCAGCUAAAUCACAAAUCCCCGCCUUUGACUAACCAGGCAGAUGAUGACGGUAGCACCGAUCCAAUUCUCCAAGCCUCCCGCCUUGCCGACUCCUCCGUCCCGGAAGGAGGGUACGGCUGGGUGGUGGUUACGGGCUGCUUCAUCAUGGCAUGGUGGAUAAUCGGCACCUCAUACUCGUGGGGUGUGAUCCAAAGCGCUCUUGUAGACGAGGGCCUCUCAACACCUGCCGUGCUCUCCUUCGUUGGCUCCCUUGCCGCUGCUCUCAUUUCCGCCUUGGCUAUCGUAAAUUCGCGUGUCAUGCGCCGCUUCGGGCCCCAGAGAACGGGACUCUUGGGAAUAACGCUCAUGGGUCUGAGUGAGGUUCUCAGUAGCUUUGCCGUGAAGAAUAUCGGGGCUUUGUUUGCCACUAGCGGUGUCAUGCUUGGCUUGGGUGUCAGCUUGUGUUUCUCCAUUGUAUCCGUAAUUCCAGCGCAGUACUUCAGCCGUAAGCGCGGCUUGGCUAACGGCAUUGUCUUUGCCGGCGGCGGCCUCGGUGGUGCCGUCAACAGUUUUGCCCUUGAUGCUCUCCUCAACCGUCUCGGUCCGGCCUGGGCCUAUCGCGUCCUUGCUCUGAUGACACUAGCUACCGGCCUCCCGGCAGCAUGGCUUGUCAAAGAGCGUACCCCUGUCCGCGGCUCUGGUUUCGUUGAGUGGCGCCUGUUCAAAUCGUACACAUUUGUCGUCAUCUUCCUGGCCGGUGCCGUUGGCACAUUCCCUCUCUUUGUCCCUCCUUUCUUCCUGCCCCUCUAUUCCAAAUCCAUUGGCCUGUCCUCUUCAACUGGUGCUGGCCUAGUUGCAGGUUUCAACUUCUCAUCCGCGGUGGGUCGUGUCUGCUGCGGCGUCUUGUGCGACGCUUUUGGCGCACUCAAUGUCCUCUUCGUCUCACUGGCCUUGUCCGCUGUGAGUAUCCUUGCGAUCUGGCCCGCGUCGACUACCCUAGCUCCCAUGAUUAUCUUUGUAAUCGUGAACGGCAUCUCUAAUGGUGGCUUCUUUUCAACAAUGCCCACGGUAGUGGGGAACGUCUUUGGAUCUGCGCGUGUGUCUGUGGCCAUGAGCAUGAUCGUUACGGGUUGGGCUGGAGGUUAUCUCAUGGUAAGUUUGCUGUCAUGCUUAUUGGAAGGCUAA